UUCGCGUUCCCAAGCCCCAAAAAUCGGUGGAUCUCGUUCGCGUGUGGAGCUCGGCGCUUCGUCAGCGGCAAAUCAAAAAGAUACAGCACUUCACGCCGAAACAGUUCGAUCAAAUCGCCGCUGCAAAACGUUCAAAACACCUUAAAUGCCACAAACGCACGUAAAUUACGAAAAAUCAACCCCCUAAUAAAAACGUGUAAACAGCUGUGUUUAGCUCAUUAAAGUAUAUUGUUUAUAAUCUCACGGGAUGCUAUAAGGCUGCUAAAAAUAUUAUUCGUGGGUGUUUGUUUUUUCGCAAAUACCCCUUGGCCCCCGCGAAUUUUUGCCAAAAGGGGCGUGGGAAUUCGGACGUGCCUGUAUGGGUGUUUUGUGUAUAACAUGGAUAUAAAAAAAUUUAGCAGAUAAAUCCUUUAACAACAAAUCGUAGUGUUGUUUUUAGGAAACUUUAUAAAUUCGAAGAAAAAAGUGCGAAAAGGUGAAAGAAAAGUCAAUGUAACAAGGAUAACGCAUUAGUCAUCGCUGACAGCGACGUCGACUGCGCAGUCGGCAGCGCAUCCUGACUGCGCUAGUGUGUGUGUGUCUCUCUAUUUUUGAAUUGCUGCCGGUUUUCGCACAAUAACAACAACAAAAGCAACAGCAGGAGAGCCAAACAACAACAACAACUUGUAACGCCUUUUGAUCCCUAUCCCUAAAUAAAACAGCAAGCAGAAUGGAGCGUAAAUUUACGCGCGGUUUAAAUAAGCUUGGCUCAGCGGUGCAAAUGAGAGAGAAUGUCUCUCAGUUGGUGAGAGAGAGCGCGGUUUUGAUGAACUGCACGGGCCGCUAUCAGCGUAGCCUCUCCAUUGUGAACAAGCCUAUGGUUGUGGAGCCGAUAGAUUUCGAAGCCUUUAUAGCCAAAAAUAAAACUGUUAUCCAAAAUGAUCCGCAGAGGGAGCUUCUCAUUUAUCCCGCUGAUGAUGUCUCGGAGAUUAUUAUGCCGCGAAAGCAGCGGACCAAUGCCAAAUCCGUGGCCGACAGAUUUGAUCCACCCAAUGAAGCGAUCGUGUGUCCUCUCCAUGGUCCUUCUAUAAUCGGGAAUGGAAAUGGACACAGCCAAGUGAGUCGACAGGGAAGCAUUCAGUCGAAUGGGAGCCACCACAACGGAAAUGGCAAUGGACACACCAGCAGUAGCAGUAGCAGCAGUUUGACCAACUCCAACGGACACGGCCAACUCUCCAGGAAGAGUUCACAGUGUUCGAGUGGCUCCUCCAGCCAAAAAGAGUCCUCAUAUGAGUCCGCCCUUUCCUCGAUUACGCUCCGUUCACAUUUGGCCCAGCCGGAAGAGGUGGAUGAGUUUGCAGACGAUGGGCACGGCGAAGACAUAGUGGAUGGACAUGCUCACGGAUCCAGAGCGGAAUGCACCAGGUUCACGCGACAAGCUCUGUACACCUACAGGGCUAAAAACCAUUUGAUUCACUAUAAAUAUAAUGCCUACGGUGGGAACUGCCAUGAUCUGCCCAGUACCUCCCCAGCCGAGGAAUUGCUGGAGGAGGUCUACGAAAUCGAUGCAGAUCAGGAUAGGAUAGACGAGCAGAUGACUCGCUCCCAGGCGGACACAAUUACUAAGCAGGGUUAUCUCCUCAAAGGUCCCGAUUCGGCGUCAGAUCGCAUGUUUGCCAACAUUGGCAACAAGUCAUUUAAGCGUCGCUAUUGCUAUCUGCGCCAGGAGAUUGAUGGUACCUACAUAUUAGAACUGCACAAGGACGAGAAGCAGGGUGAAGCCAAGGCCACUAUAGUCAUGGACUUUUGCACCGAUGUGGUGCAGAACCCCAAACGUGGUCGCUUUUGCUUCGAACUGCGCAUGACGACGGGGCAUAAAUCCUUUACCCUGGCCGCCGAGAACGAGCAGGACUUCAAGGACUGGCUUAGCAAAAUAUCCUCGGUGUUAGCUCAGAAUCGCGCCCAAGAGGAGAAACGUAAUGCUUCGCUGGAGCGCCAGCCAUCUAUCGGCUCGAAUCCAAGCCCCCAGCUCCAGCCACCAGCAAUGGAACCCCCAACCUUUGGUACUCUAAAGGGUCUGGAUCAAUCACUGCACCCCCAAUUGAUGAAGUAUGGAAGGGAAACGGAUCACUCAAUUGCUUUGGCCAGAAGGGAGCAACGCCGACGCUUAUUUGCCUGCUAUCAGUCGCCAGCUAAGAGCAGUGGUAGUGAUAAUGUGGAACAGUAUCGAGAGCACUUUGGCACACGGCUACUGCUUACCUGCCACAACCUGCGCUUCCGCCUGCAGUGCAUCCCACAGGACGAAGGUUCUGCUGGUGGAGUCGAACAACAAGUGGAGCCCUAUAUCACCAGUCUGGCAUUGUACGAUGCCAAGGCGAAUCGCAAGUUGAGCGAGAACUUUUACUUCAACGUGAAUGAACAGUGGGCCGCCCAGCUGUUACCGAACACUCCAGUUCCCUCAUCUGUUGCUGGUUGUGGAGUUCCUAGAAAGUCAGCGGAGGGCGAAGAGAGAAGCUCCGCCUCCCAGGCACCUCACUCCCUAUUCGAUGGAGUCUCCGCGGAGUUGCUACGCUCGAAUCGCCAGCAAUUCCAGCAGCUAAGACAGUGUCUGCUUUCAGUUACUGCCCCACAUGCGGAUAUUUAUUUGGUUGUGCGAGUGGAAAAACUUCUGCAAUCGGGAAUAGCCCAGGCUGCCGAACCUUAUCUGAAAGCUGGCAAGGAUCCGAAGCUUGGUCAGAAAGUCUACAAAGCCGCGAAGAGCUGUGCGCAGCAUAUUGGGCAUUAUAGGCAGCCUUUUGCCUGGGCAGCUAGACCACUGUUCAAGCAAUACAGCCACGAACUGGAUGUUGAUCCCAAAAAGGAGUUCGAAUUCAGCCCCAUUUACCGCCAGGAAUUACCCAAACUUAAGGACGAUGAGCUGCUCAAGCUCUUAGUAGAUUAUCGUAAGCCCGAGAAACUAAGCAAACUCACCAUUAUUCCUGGAAGCCUAAAGAUGCAGAUGCAGUUCAUCGAUCAGACCACACCCUGCGGCUUGAGUAAAUCACUGGCUCCUUUGUCCACCUUCAGUCCAAAUUCUAAGCAAUCGCCCACUGUCGAGUUGGCCGAAUUUCAAAGCCAGAGCGAACGGGAUGCCCAUCCUUAUACGAGUUUCUGUAACCACCUCUAUGUGUAUCCACUGAGUUUGCAGUUCGAUAGCCAGAAACUAUUCUCACGUGCCAGGAACAUUACGGUGGUGGUGGAACUGCGGGAUGGCGAUGGAGAGUACAGCAAACCUCUGAAGUGCAUCUAUGGUCGUCCUGGGCAGGAUCUUCUGGUUUCCCAGAUAGCCUGCCCGGUGCUGCAUCACAAUGUGACGCCCACAUGGUACGAGGAGAUCAAGCUGCGUCUUCCUUUGGGACUGUUUCCCGAACACCACCUCCUCUUCUCCUUCUACCAUGUGUCCUGUAAUCUGAGCAAGAAAAGGGAUGCUCAUGCGGCUUUCGAGACGCCUAUUGGCUAUGCCUGGUUGCCAUUGCUGCAGAAGAAUAGGAUUUGCUUGGAGGAGCAGCAACUCCCGGUGGCUGCCACUUUGCCAGUGGGCUAUCUUUCCAUUCAGCCCUUGGGAUGGGGCAAGGGGCAGAACUGCGGUCCGGAUAUCCAGUGGAUCGAUAACCAGAGGAAUCUGUAUACGGUGGGAUUGCGUUUGGAUUCAACGGUUCUUACAGCAGAUCAGCACUUGCAUAACUUUUUUGGGCAUUGCGAAAGAUUGCUGGAGGGAGGCAAAACUGGAGCAGUGCCGGCGGAAACGGAAACCUGCAAGAUCUUGAAAGCUGCCCACGCGAUCGAUAUGAAAUCGUUGAUUAACUAUUUACCUACGCUUCUUAAUGAGCUGUUUACUUUGCUAGUUCACACUCAAUCCGAAGAAAUAGGCUUGAAUGUAAUCCGCCUGAUAACAAACAUUAUCCACUUAAUAAGCGAUCAGGCUAAGAGAGCCGAUCUUUUGGGAGCCUACGUAAAAUACGUAUUUCACGCACCCUACUACAGUCAGCAAACAGCUAGACAGAGGACUGUCCAUGGAGAACUUUGCAGGCACUUGCCCUACCUCCUGAAUCCCAGCAAUCCCGAUUUUCUGAUCGUAAACAAAUUCAUGAGAUACUCCUCGAUAUUCUUCGAUCUGAUUGUAAAGAGUAUGGCUCAGCAUUUGUUGGCCACUGGCAGAAUUCGAAUGCUGCGCAACGAGCGGUUUCCCAAGGAAUAUGCCGAUCGGGUGGAGCAGCUGAUCAAAGCAUUGAUGCCCUACAUAACCACUCGAUUUCAGGACUUAAGUGAGGAAACUCAUCUACUAAAUCGAUCUUUGGCCAAAUUUGUACGACAGUGUCUAAGUUACAUGGACAGAGGAUUUGUCUUCCGCUUGAUUCGUUGUUAUAUGGGAGAGUUUUCGCCUGGUAAUCCCCGUAUACUUCACGAAUACAAGUUCAACUUUUUGCAAGAGAUCUGCCAGCAUGAGCAUUAUGUGCCUCUUAAUCUCCCUUUUGUUUUGAAUCCCAAGAACCGUCCGCCUGAAAUGAUGCAGCACUUCACACUUUCCGAACAAUUUUGUCGGCAACACUUUCUGUCGGGACUACUACUCCAGGAAUUGAAGAGCAGUCUCAACGAAGUAGGCCACGUAAGGCGACAUGCUUUGGGAAUAUUCAAGGAUCUGCUGGCCAAACAUGAGUUGGAUAACCGAUAUCAACAGAGGGGUCAGCUGUCGAGGAUUGCCUUACUAUAUGUUCCUUGGUUGGGCGUUGUGAUGGACAACAUCCAUCGGAUUGAUGAUUUAUCGGAGUCUGGAGCCUGUACGCCCAAUGGACAUGUUUAUGCAGACUCUGCUUCCUAUACCAAGCGCUUGAGUUGUUCCAGUAGCUAUGUGUUUAGCAAGGACUCCUCCACUUUUGGCUCCUUAACGUCCACUCCGCGUUCGAAGAAUCGCCUGACCCUGCACUGCGAUCAACCGAGUCCAUAUCGCACCUCGGUUCACAUGAAGGAGCACAACUAUUUAGCCGCCAUAGCUGGCCAACCCAUUAGCAAUGGUAUCUCUAAUCUCUCACUUAACUCGAAUACGGACUCGGGGCACUCUCAGGACACUACCACAAUAGGAGCCUACACCAAUGGAGAUACGGAUGUGGCACUUCGCAAUGGACACAAUCGCUCAGUGAGCGUAACGCACGCACAGAUACUCUCCCGUUGCGAUAAGUUCAGCUCGGUGGAGAGCAAGGACCUCCUCUUGGGCUUCCUAUUCAUCAUCAAGCACCUCUCACAGGACCAAAUGGUGGGCUGGUGGCAGAACUGCAAUGAGUCCGAGACACUGCAAUUUCUCUCCAUUUUGGAUCUUUGCCUGUUGCAAUUCCGCUAUGUGGGCAAGAAAAGUGUGGUAAUAGCUCCAGACUCCCGUCAAGGACGUUUGGCCAAGGCCAACACUCUGCCAGCGAGGACUCAGCCCCCAACAGGAUUGGAAAAUGGCAACCAGGAUCAGCAGCCAAAUAGUGGAACUCUGAAUCAAACUAGGGAACAUUUACUAGAGGAUAUGGAUACUCUGGCUAAGAGUCAAUUGGCUCUUUAUGAAUCCAAUUUGGCCACUGAGGUGGGCAUGAUUAUAUUGGAUUGCUUAGGGAUGUAUGUCCUGCAGUUUAGACAACUCCUGGCUGAUAGCUUAAUCCUGCCCAAGUUGGCCAGAGUUUACCUGAGAUUCCUGCAGUUGGGUCAAUCUGAAAGGCUCUCAAAACACGUCUUCGCUGCUUUAAGAGCUUUUAUUAACAAUUAUGCAGUAGCCUUGUUCAAAGGAAAUGCCAUGUUGUGUGGUCAGAUGGUUUAUGAGCUCCUGAAAGCCUGCGAUAGUCGACUGGUGGAGAUUCGCCAUGAAUCUUGUGCCGUUUUAUAUCUCCUUAUGAGGAGUAACUUCGAAUUCAGUGGCAGAAAAGCCCUAACACGAGUACACCUGCAAGUUAUUAUCUCAGUGUCCCAAAUGAUUGGCAAUGUGAUUGGACUUAACAACGCCAGAUUCCAGGAGAGCUUGUCCAUCAUCAACAGCUAUGCAAAUAGCGACAAGGCAAUGAAGGGCACGGGUUUCCCAAUGGAGGUCAAGGAUCUAACGCGUCGAGUCCGCACUGUCUUGAUGGCCACUGCCCAAAUGCAAGCACAUCAUAUGGACCCAGAAAGAUUGUUGGAACUACAGUAUUCCCUUGCCAAUUCGUAUGCCUCAACGCCGGAACUCCGACACACUUGGCUGGUAACCAUGGCCAGAAAUCACGAGCAGAAUGGAAAUCUCUCAGAGGCUGCCUGCUGUCAUCUCCACAUAGCUGCUUUGAUGUGCGAAUAUCUCCGCUUAAGGGGUGGUUGCACUCUCAGUUGGUCAUCAACUGCGUUUAAAAAGAUAUCCAGGAAUAUUCCGCUGGAUGAACAGGGUCUUAAACUGGAUGCCGGUGCUCAGGACUCCCAGUACACAGAACAAAUGCUCCUAGAGCAACUGAAACAGUGUGCCGAUUUUUUGGACCGCGCUGAAAGGUUUGAGUGCCUCGGAGAGCUCUACAAACUUAUCCUACCCAUGUACGAAAGGGAUCGCAGUUAUCUGGACCUGGCUCACUGUUACGAACAUCUCACCCAAGCCUACAACAAAAUAGUAGAGGUGAAUCGUUCUGGAAAGAGAAUGCUGGGUCGCUUUUACAGAGUCGUCUUUUAUGGAAUGAUGUACUUUGAAGAGGAUCAUGCGAUCGAGUAUGUCUACAAGGAGCCCAAGCUAACUUCGCUGAGCGAAAUCUCUGAGCGACUGGCCGAGCAGUACAAGGAGAAGUUUGGAGCCGAUGUGGUUAAGAUGAUCAUGGAUUCGUCGCCGGUUAAAGUGGACGAAUUGGAUGCCAAACUAGCCUACAUACAGGUCACCCACGUGAUUCCAUUCUUUUCCAAGGAUGAACUCGACCAGAGGCUCAACGAAUUCGAGCAGAAUCAUGAUGUGGACACUUUUAUGUACGAAACACCGUUCACCAAAUCAGGAGCAGCCCGUGGCAGCGUGGAAGAGCAGUGGAAACGCAAGACAGUUAUAAAAACUCAAUACUCUUUUCCCUAUGUUCUCAAACGUAUACCGGUAAAAUCCCGCGAAAUCAUCGAACUGAGUCCCAUCGAGGUGGCCAUCGAUGAGAUGCAAUCCAAGGUUUCAGAGCUGGAGGAGAUCAUCCUCCCGCCAGCCGAUGUCAAGAAGCUGCAGCUCCGACUGCAGGGAAGUGUGGCUGUGACGGUCAAUGCCGGUCCUUUGGCCUAUGCCCAUGCCUUCCUCGAUGCCAAGGUGGUCAAUAACUUCUCAAUGGAUCGCGUCGGAGAUCUUAAGGAUGUCUUUCGCGAUUUCAUUGUGGUCUGUCAGAAGGCCCUGUUCCUGAACGAGCGAAUAAUCAGCGCGGACCAAAAGGAGUACCACCACGUGUUGAAGGAGAACUACGAGAAGCUGUGCCAGGCGCUCAGUGAGUUGCUCGACGACGAGUCCUUCCAGCCGCUCGGCGACGAUGCCGAAAGCGUAAACCAGCGCAACAGCAUGGCUUUGUUCAAUGCGAUCAGUGGCGCCUCACAUAAUUCAAGUACUGCUUAAGUCCAACAAAAUCAUUAUAAUGAUACCAAAAUUCAGAAACUCAGUCACCCACACGCACAGCUAACCAGAAAACAAAUCGAAUAUUGAAGUAUUCAAUUAACACGAGCCUGCGGCGUAGGCGUAGUGAUCGUAAUGCGUUAGCGUAACCACAACGUAGUCAUAACAUAGACUCUAUUGGUGUUCCUUUGUUCGAUGUUGUCGUUGAAUUUGAAAUUGUCUUGCGGAAGGUAAAGCUCGAUUUUGGGCUUAACGGUUGGAGACUUGGCUAAGAAGAUGCGCAUGUGACUAACCCCAUAAAACACAUGAAAAACCCAGAAUUGGUGGCUACUAAUCCAACCCAAAACUAACCGCAAGCGCUUUUUGGCUAAAUUUGGCAAAACUAACCAUACGUUCUGUGACCCUUCCCAAUGCUUUUCCAUUUUGUAUUAACGACUUUGUAAUUCUCCCUUUUUAGGACCGUAUUUUGUUGAGCAAAAUACCAGCAACAACACCCACCACCACAGUUCCCACAUAAAUACACAGAACUUCACACACCAUCCAUAAACGAUAACCGAAAUAUAUAUUCUGUGCUAAACGACCAGUUAAAUAAGUUCCAGUUAA